CGCAGGCCGUGCGCUUCGUGCGAUCGUCCAGCGCGCGUAGCGAAGCGAGGGAGUCUCGGAGGCGGUUCUUCAGUUUCGGUUAAGCGUUCGUCGAAGAGAGUGAUACGUCUCUCACUCCCGGUCUCCCGGUCUCCACCUACGCCGCUACGAGUGCCGGGCCCGGGUGUCACGCCAAGAGGUUUCGGCUUCCGGCUUAAAGGCUUCGCCACCCACCCACGGUGGUCGUCGUCGAUCCCCGUACGGGGGAGAGCGCGUGCCCCGAGGAGAGACAGCUUCCGUUCUCCAGUAUGACCCGCCGUCGCUUCGCGACCGAUCUCGGCCGGAAUCGCGCGGAGAAACCGGCGACGGAGGCCCGAGGGAUCUCAGACCGCGAAUCCUAGAUCGGGAAUGUAGGGAGAGAAGGAAAAUGCGAAGCCCGUUCGGUAUCCUAUUCCGCGUCACGUGACGGUGCGUACGAUGUGAGACGAGGUGGUGAGAUAGAGGGAAGGUGACGAGAGAGGCGCCUGUGAUUUAUCAUCGUCGCGACAAUCGGCAAUUCCUCGGACUUUUAGUAAGACCCCGGUUCAUGGAUAUCAAGGUCCAAUGAUGACGUUUAUAGGGGCGGCGACACCUCUCUCUCUCUCUCUCUCUCUCUCUUGCCAAAGUAAUGCCGAGAUGCAAUUAGCGCGCCGAUGGUAAUUACCGUUUCGUAGCGAAGGCGAGAGAGUGCAAAGUGCGAACGAGUGCGAAGAAUUAGUUUCUCCGAGGGUGGCUCCGACCACUCGUUGUUUUCUCGUACGGACGCACGGUACACGAACGAAGAAAAUGCCCAGGAAAAGAGGCCUCUCCUCUCCCAAGGCGCGAACAGAUUUAUCAGUGACGGCUUCCAAUCAACGCGAGCCAGAUAUAAUAGUGCAAUUGCCCGCGAACUACGGCAGCCCCGAGAUCAAAGCGUGCAGGGAUCAUCCGCAUAUCUGCGGAAAGGAGGCGGCCUGCCGCACCUUCGCGGACAACACGUCGAAGUGCGUGUGCCCUCACGACCUGUCGCCGCCAACGUCGGAUUUAAGAUGUCCGAAUCGUCUAAUUGUUCCUCUCACGCCUCGUCCUAUACACAAUAUAAUACCACCGAGUGGCAACAACGGCACGAAUAGCACGAACGCGCUUCCGGAAGCAGAGCUAUCUUUACCGGUGGAGGGGUUGAAGUACAAGGUACCUGAAAUCAUAGGAGUAGCUGUAGCUUUCGCCGCGGUAAUCGUGCUCGUACUGAGCGUCGUGUACGGCGUGAGAAGACGGAGUUACAACAUCAAGUCGCAAAGAGGCCCUCUGGACGGAACGCCAAUAAAUCUGAAGAAAGGACUAUUAUUAGCGCAUAAGUACACGUCUAAUCCUCAAUAUUUCACGUGCACGUCACCGGAGGUUCCGAUAAUACAUCGCGAAAGCCUUAUGUUUCUCCACGAUAUCGGCGAAGGAUGUUUCGGGAAGGUUUACAAAGGCGAGCUGCACAACGGAGACACGCAGGAGAUUGUCGCCAUAAAAGUCCUAAAGGACACCGCCACGCCCGAAACCGAGCAGGACUUUAUGCGCGAAGUGGACAUCAUGUCCACGUUCAGCCACGCGAACAUUCUAUCCCUGAAGGGCAUGGUACUUCGAGACGCGACGAACAAUCCGUGGAUGGUGUUCGAGUACAUGCCGCACGGUGACCUCGCCGAGGUGCUACGGGCGAACUCCUUGCAGUUCAAAUCGUCGAAAUCGGAACUUGAACCGUUAACGAAGGACUCAUUAUACUGGAUCUCGAUUCAAAUUGCGGCCGGCAUGUCGUAUCUGUCGGCGCAAAGAUUCGUGCACCGUGACCUGGCGUGUCGAAACUGCCUGGUGGGCUCAGGCCUAACAGUGAAAAUCGCUGACUUCGGCAUGUCGCGAGAUAUUUACACUUGCGACUAUUACAAGAUUGGAGGAUCACGUCUGUUGCCAGUACGAUGGAUGUCGCCGGAGAGCGUGGUGUACGGGAGAUUCACCUUAGAGACCGACGUAUGGAGCUUCGGUGUCGUUCUUUGGGAAGUUUACUCAUUCGGAAAGCAGCCGUACUACGGAUUUAGCAACGAGGAGGUGGUGAAGCUCAUACUUCAAGGAACGAUGCUCGUCCCGCCGGACGAGUGUCCGCCCAUCGUUCGCGAGAUAAUGCACGAUUGUUGGAAAAUCGAGCCGCGGGAACGAAUCAAGUUCCCCGACAUUCUGGAGAGGCUGGAAAAGGCGCAAAACGAGCUGAGCCGGCAAGGGACGUUGCCCAGACCGCCGCAGGGCCCGGUGCUGCUACGCACCCCGGACGUUUUGGAUCCGGACGGCUACUUGCUUCCGGCUCCUGCGAUCCCACGCGAGUAUCUGCAGGCUCUCCCAGUUCUGUCCGACUCAUAAAUUCGUGACAGCGAAGGGACCUUUGAAAUUUAACUCUCGAAAAGUUGCUCCGCGCGCGAUAUGCGUGGAGGACACAUCGAAAAAGUGCGAGGCCUAUCGAACUCCGGUAAAGUGAAAAUUAAUGUAAUAUUCCGGUUGUGAAGUGCACGGUUUACUGUACCAAACGAAAUUGAAAUCGAGUUGAAAGCAUAAAGCACGUAGUCCUCGUUAUUAUUAUCUGGCGGAAUAAUUGCGUAGCAGAGAGUAAUUUACGUCAAGUCUAUGUAUAUAAUAAAUAUAAAUUGGAUCCAAUUUUUAUGGCAAAUGCCUCGACAAGUUUGAAAGUCGUCUUCUGCCUCUCAAAUUUCAAACACUAUAUAUUUUUGUAAUUAGAUAUAAUUAAAAUUGUCUACCGAAUUUUUCAGUCAAUUUUUACUUGAUUUUUCUUUUUGUUAAGAAGAAGAUUGACUUUGAAUUGAUUGAAAAAUUUUUCAUAAUACCUUAACUCAUUCGAGACACAAAGUUUUUACAAUAAAAAAUUUAGUUCAAUAUCCAUCUAUGAUGUUACACCCAGAAAAAAGUUUCUUUGAAAUAAAACAAAUUUUCUUUAUAUUUUGACCU